UUGGGAUGCUGGAGUCUUGGGUUAGAACGAGGGGAGGUAGAGUGGGUUUGGCUCUCUGUUUUCAAGACACUCGGGAUCUGUCUUUGUCUGGGUGGAAAGAUCAUGCCCCCAAAACAAGCCCCAGCCGAUGCAGGGGCCCCACCAGCUGCAGGGGCCCCACCAGCUGCAGGGGCCCAACCGGCUACGGAGACCCCUGAGAAGCCGCCAAAGGAACCACAGACUCCUGAAGAAAUGGCAUUUUAUGCCCCGAAUUACCUAUGUUUGACCAUCCUGGCUGUACUUCUUUUCCCUCCCCUGGGAUUAAUAGCUGUAUUCUUCACUUACAAGACCUGGCAGGCCAACAAGAACAGCCAGUGGGAAGACGCUUACAUCAACUCAGGCCGAACUGGUUGGUUGGAUGUAUUCGCCAUACUCAUCGGUUUAGGCAUCAUUUAUAUCUAUGCCCUAUUUAUGUGAAGGUCAGGCCAGUAGUCCAUAGGUCCACCCCAAAUAAGACCCACCCACCAAGACACCAGCCAAAUCAGCCGCCAUGCAAGAAAUCAACAGCUGAGACAUCUUCUAGCCAAGAAACUUAUCAGCCAAGGAACUCAACAUCUGAGCAACCCACUAGCCUAGGGACAUCAUACUACUUCAUCAUCUUGGCCUCCAGAGCCAUCUUCAUCCACCUUGGGGAUCCUCACUUUCAUGCUCUGGAUGUGCUUUACUCUUUGAUGCUGGGCUUCUCUUUCAGAAAAAUAUUUAUUUAAA